UGAAAUACUCAGUAGCAUUGGUUUUGAGAAGAUAACAUCAUAAAUCAUGCCUAGAGAAAAAUCAGAAAGAUGAUACCUGAAGUCUCAACAAUCCAACUUUACUUCAUGGCUUGGUGACCAAAUGCCUUUCCAUCAGAAGAUGGAAGUCCAGACUCCAGAUCACAUCAUUCCUGUCCAGACCAACAUCACAGCUCAGACAGGAGGAACCGUCUGUGCUCCUGUGAUCAAUGGAAACAAUGUUCAAGGCUCGUUGACGGUGAACAUAAACAACAUAUACGAAGGUCAGAAUGCUUCCAGUUUUAGCACAGUUCAUAAUGGAGGCCCUCCUGAUGCUUCUUCACUCACUGAAGACUACAUUACUCUGUGUAAACUAUCACAUAAAUCUGAACUUGAGAAGAAAUUUCAACAUAUUAACGAAGGAGUGUCACAAAGUGGAGCCUCAACACUUCUGAAUAAGAUUUACACAGAGCUCUACAUCACAGAGGGUGGGAGCGGAGAAGUCAAUAGUGAACAUGAGGUGAGACAGAUUGAAACAUCCAGGAGACAAACAACACAGGAAAAAACGAUUAAAUGCAAUGACAUCUUCAACAUCUUCUCAGGAAAAGACAAACCCAUCAGAACUGUGCUCACAAGAGGAGUUGCUGGAAUUGGAAAAACAAUCUCUGUGCAGAAGUUCAUUCUGGACUGGGUUGAAGGAAAAGCAAAUCAGGAUGUUCUCUUCAUAUUUCCUCUUGCUUUUAGAGAGCUGAAUUUGAUAAAGGGCAAAAAACUCAGUCUGAUAGAUCUUCUUCACCUCUUUUUUCCACAAACCAAACAAUUUCAGUUAAUAGACUUAAUAAAUUGUGCUGACUAUAAAGUCAUGUUCAUCUUAGAUGGUCUGGAUGAAUAUCGACUUUCUCUGGAUUUCAAGAAAAAUGUGAUUUUAUCUGAUGUAACAGAAUCGGCCUCGGUAGAUGUGCUACUGACAAACCUCAUAAGGGGAAAGCUGCUCAGUUCUUCUCUUCUCUGGAUUACCACUCGACCAGCAGCAGCCAAUCAGAUCCUUCUUCAGUAUAUUAAUCAGGUAACAGAGAUACGAGGGUUCAGUGACCCUCAGAAAGAGGAAUACUUCAGGAAAAGAAUCAGUGAUGAGAGCCUUGCUGAAAAGAUCAUUACACACAUAAAGUCAUCAAGAAGCCUCUACAUCAUGUGCCACAUACCAGUCUUUUGCUGGAUUUCAGCCACUGUUCUGGAGAAGAUGUUGAGUGAAACAAAAAGUGGAGAUAUCCCCAAGACUCUGACUCAAAUGUUCACAUUUUUCCUCAACUUCCAGAUUAAACACAGCAGCCAGAAAUACAGAAGAAUCAGUGACACUGAUCCUCACCAUUCUAGUAAGAUUAUUCUUGCUCUGGGAAAACUGGCUUUCCAACAGCUAGAAAAUGGCAAUGUGAUCUUCUAUGAGGACGACCUGAGAGAGUGUGGCAUUGAUGUCAGAGAAGUGUAUAUAUACUCAGGAGUUUGCACCCAGAUCUUCAGAGAGGAGUUUGGGCUGCACCUGGGCAAGGUGUUCAGCUUUGUUCAUCUGAGCUUUCAGGAGUUUCUUGCAGCUUUAUAUGCAUUUCUUACAUUCAUCUCUGAGCACAGAAAUGUGCUGGAGCGAGCAACUGGACGUUUUGCUUUCUUCAAAAAGUCACGAAUUUCUGACUUCCUCAACUGUGCAGUAGACAAGGCUUUACAUAGUAAGAAUGGACACCUGGACCUUUUCCUCCGCUUCCUUCUAGGCCUUUCGUUGGAGUCCAAUCAGACUCUCUUACGAGGCCUACUGCCACAAAAAGAAAACAGCUCGUACAGAAAAGAGCAAAUAGUCAGCUAUAUCAAAAAGAAGCUCAUGGAGAAUCCUGCUCCAGAGAAAUCCAUCAAUCUGUUCCACUGUCUGAAUGAACUGAAUGAUCAUUCUCUAGUGAAGGAAGUACAAAAAUACUUAAACAGAAGAGGUGAUGAUCGUCUAUGUGGAGCUAAACUCUCUCCUGCUCAGUGGUCAGCUCUGGUGUUUGUCUUACUGAACUCAGAAGAGGAGCUGGUUGAGUUUGAUCUAAGCAAAUAUGACUUAUCAGAGGAAUGUCUCCUGAGACUCCUGCCAGUGGUCAAAGCGUCCAGAAAGUGUGUGCUGCAUCAUUAUGAUCUCACAGAGAAAAGCUGUGCAGCUCUCGCCUUAGCUCUCUGCUCAAAGUCCUCAACCUUGAGAGAACUGGACCUCAGUAACAAUAAACUACCGGAUUCAGGAGUGAAGUUGCUCUCUGUUGGACUGAAGAAACCACGCUGUAAAUUGAAAACACUGAGGUUGUGUAGCUGCAGUAUUACUGAGGAUGGCUGUGCUUGUCUGUUUAAAGCUCUGAAAUCAAACCCUUUCUUGCAACUGAAAGAGCUGAGUCUGAAUGACCUCAAACCAGGAGAUGCAGGAGUGAAGGAGCUUUCUGAUCUACUGAAGGGUUCACACUGUAAACUGGAGAUACUGCAGCUGUCUGACUGCAGUAUUACAGAAGAAGCCUGGGCUGAUCUGGUUAAAGCUUUAAAAACAAACCUCUCUCAUCUGCGAGAACUAAAUUUGAAUAACAGUAAACCAGGAGAUUCAGCAGUGAAGGAGCUCUCUGAUCUACUGGAGGAUCCAUGCUGUAAACUAGAGAAACUACAGCUGUAUGACUGUAAUAUUACAGAGAAAGGCUGUGCGGAUCUGGUUGAAGCUCUAAAAUCAAACACCCCACACCUGAGUGAACUGAAUCUGAACUGGAAUAAACUCAGAAAUUCAGGAGUGAAGAAGCUCUCUGAUCUGCUGGAGGAUCCACAUUGCAAAAUGCAGAAACUACUGUUAUCUGGCUGCAGUAUUACAGAAGAAGGCUUUGCUGAUCUGGUUAAAGCUCUGAAAUCAAACCCCUCACAUCUUACAGAGCUGUAUUUAAACCACACUAAACCAGGGGAGUCAGGAGUAAAGGAGCUCUCUAAUCUACUUAAACAUCCACACUGUAAAUUGGAGAAACUACAACUGGAAUGGUGUGGUAUUCCAGAGGAAGGUUGUGCUGCUCUGAUUAAAGCUCUGAAAUCAAACCCUUCAUAUCUGAGAGAGCUUAAUCUGAGCCUCAAUAAACCAGGAGAUUCAGGAGUGAAGGAACUUUCAGAUCUACUGGAGGAGCCACAGUGUAAACUGGAGAAACUACAGCUGUGGGGUUGUAAUCUCACAGAGAAAAGUUGUGCAGCUCUAGCCUCAGCUUUCCUCUCAAGCUCCUCAGGAUUGAGAGAGCUGGACUUAAGUAACAAUGAACUGCAGGAUUCAGGAGUGAACCUGCUUUCUGUUGGACUGGAGAACCCACAUUGUAAACUGGAGAAACUCGGGCUGUAUAACUGCAGUAUUACAAGUGAAGGCUGUGCUGCUCUGGCCAAAGCUUUGAAAUCAAACCCAUCACAUCUGCAGGAACUGAAUCUUGGGCUCAGUAACGCAAGAGAGUCAGAAAAGAAGCUGCUGUCUCAACUACUGGAGAACCCACACUGUAAACUACAGAAACUGCACUUCUGAAAUCCUACACAGAAGACCCCUCUCACACCGCUGAUUAUGAGGAGAGAACCCCCCAUACGAUCACAAUGCAUGAUUUUACACGCUUACAUGUGUUUUUAUUCUCAUUGCUCAAAUCUGUACAUUGUCCAUUAAUCCGUUAUUUCUGCGAAUGGAUGGAUGGAUGUAUCAGUUAAAUUUAUUUGUGGUGCUUUUUACAACGGAUGUUGUCACAAAGCAGCUUCACAGAAUUCCAGAAAGGACAAAGUUUUAACACGAA